AUAAGUAAUGCGCGUAUCGGCAGGAACUAAUAAACUGAGAGGGCUAAGGCAGGAGCAAUAUGUUCUCAGUACGAUAGGAAACAAAUUUUGUUUCUGCGUCUGUCCGACCAUGAACGAAGUACGUUAAUUGCUCAGCAGUACAGGAGCAGCAUCAACAUCUGGCAGUCGCAUAUUUCUCUGGACCUUGUGCAAUGAGAGCCUGAGGAGUUUUAUAAGUUUUGCUUAGGGUUUAGAAAUGCCGGGCAUUACAGAAGUUUUGUCCCUCCCUGCACCUCCGGCGGAUGGCAUUUCUGGCCCCUUACCGCUAGCCCAGCUCUCCUCCGAUAACAACAUCAAUGCCGGAGAAAGUAAAGAAACAAUUCAAAAUCUAAGCAAUUUAAGCAUAUCAGGAUCUGAAUCUGCAUCUGUUGCUACACAUACGAAAACCAUCGGAAUAAUUCACCCGCCGCCCGACAUUCGCAACAUUGUCGAUAAAACUGCACAGUUUGUUGCCCGUAAUGGUCCCGAGUUUGAGAAGAGAAUUCUCGCAAAUGAGAAAAACAACGCAAAGUUCAAUUUUUUAAACCCUAGCGAUCCUUACCAUGCAUAUUACCAGCAUCGCGUUUCAGAAUUCAGGUUGCAGGUUCAAAACCCGGCGCAAUUACAACCCACACCCGCCAGUGGUGUGGCCGAAGGGAUUACACCUGCAGCGGCUGCUACCGAGGGUGCUCAGCCAACAAAGCCAGUAGAUUUACCAGCCAAACCCGUGGCCAAACCCUUACUGCCUCCCGAGGCAGAGCAGUACACGGUAAGGCUUCCCGAGGGCAUCACUGGCGAAGAACUGGACAUUAUUAAGCUUACUGCACAGUUUGUGGCAAGGAAUGGUAAGACCUUUUUACACGGGCUGACGAGCCGCGAAGUAAACAACCCUCAGUUUCACUUCUUGAAGCCUACACACAGCAUGUUUACUUUUUUUACUGCUCUUACGGAUUCGUAUUCUAAGGUUUUGAUGCCUGCCAAGGGUUUGGUGGAAAAGCUGAGGAAGGAUGGCGCGGAUAAGACUACUGUUUUGGAGCGGUGCUUGCAUCGCCUUGAGUGGGAGCGGUCGCAGGAACAGGCAAGGCAGAAGGCAGAGGACGAAAUUGAGCAGGAGAGGAUGCAAAUGGCCAUGAUUGAUUGGCACGAUUUUGUGGUGGUGGAGGCAAUUGAGUUUGCUGACGAUGAAGAUGAGGAAUUGCCACAGCCGAUGACUCUAGAAGAAGUUAUUAGGAGGAGCAAGGCGUUGGCCGCGAUGGACGAUGAGGAAGAGAUUGCUGAGUCUGGAAAGGAAGUGGAAAUGGAAAUGGAUGACGAGGAGGUGCAUUUGGUGGAAGAGAGCUUGAAGGUGUCCAAUGGCGCCGAAGAAAAUGGCACCAAAGUGCAAGAAGAAGUCCAGACACAAGCACCAGCUGCCCCGCCUCAGAAUGAAAUGGACCCGCCAAUGAGAAUAGUUAAGAACUGGAAGAGGCCUGAAGAGAGGAUAUCAGCUGAAAAGGAUCCAACUAAGUUUGUGGUUUCUCCAAUUACGGGAGAACUGGUUCCCAUUAAUGAGAUGGCUGAGCACAUGCGGAUUUCUUUGAUAGAUCCCAAGUAUAAAGAACAGAAGGAAAGAAUGAUGGCCAAACUCCGGGAGACGACUCUUGCACCUGAUGAUGAGAUUUCAAGAAACAUAGUUGGACUUGCUCGGACACGGCCGGAUAUUUUUGGUACUACAGAGGAGGAAGUUUCUAAUGCAGUGAAGGCCGAAAUAGAAAAGAAGAAAGAGGAACCAAAGCAAGUCAUUUGGGAUGGGCAUACUGGAAGCAUUGGCCGUACUGCAAACCAAGCCAUGACUCAGAAUGGUGGAGAUGAACAGAUGGAUUUAAGUAAUAAUGAUGGAAGGAACCUUCCUGGUCCUGCCCCCCCUCCUAAAAUGGGUGUGCCACCUAUUAGGCCCCUACCUCCCCCUCCUGGGCUGGCAUUGAAUAUUCCUCGACCUCCAAGCACAGUCCAGUAUUCUGCCCCACCCACAUCUGCUUCUGCGAUGCCACCUCCCCCAAGGCCUUCUGUUCUACCUCCUCCUCCUCUUCGACCACCUCCACCUCCCGCUGGUAUGCCUCCUGCUCCACCUCAGCUUAUAAACAGGCCACCUCCCCCACUUCCGCCCCCAGGAUUGAUGCCAACAUCAAUGGUUACACCACCUCCACCAGGUUCACAAUUUCCGCCAAUGCCGCCUCCUAGACCAUUUGCACCUCCACCGCUAGUCCCUCCACCAUCAAUGCCCAUGAUGCCACCACCACCUCCACCUCAGGGAAUGCCUCCUCCACCACCACCUGAAGAGGCUCCACCUCCACUGCCCGAAGAGCCCGAGCCCAAGAGGCAAAAGAUUGACGAACUUCUACUCAUUCCGGAAGAUCAGUUCUUGGCACAACAUCCAGGAUCUGUGCGUAUUUCUAUCUCUGUCCCUAAUAUUGAAGAAGGAAAUCUGAAUGGUCAAAUGCUGGAAGUCACAAUACAGUCUCUCUCAGAAUCUAUUGCCAAUCUCAAGGAUAAGAUUGCAGCAGAUAUUUCCUUGCCUGCAAACAAACAAAAACUCAGUGGUAGAGCUGGUUUUCUCAAAGACAAUUUAUCACUUGCAUAUUAUAAUAUUGGGCCUGGAGAAAUAUUGACAUUGGCCCUGAGGGAUCGUGGUGGUAGAAAAAAAUAGGUAUGCAAUCCAGCUUCAAGAUAUUGGAAUUUGGAGUAAUGUUGAUGAUCAUGCUUUUCUCUCUUCAUGGAUAAGAUUGUAUUGGUAGUUAUAUUCUCUGUGAUCCAAAAGUCCAAACUAAUUUGAAAUAUUAGUAUCAAUAAUUUCUUUAAAGUCUUUGACAAA